UCUACUAGCACUAGCAGCAGUGAAUGAUAUAGGGCGAGCUCAAUGGGAGCACCUACCACCUCCGCCACCUCCGCCACCUCCGCCACUAGGCUGAAGAGAGAAUAUUUCAGGCGCACCAAACAUGAUUCUGCUUUCUCCGAUUGGAAGAUUCUAAUCGGAGCCUACGAUUGGGAAGAUCAUUCAAUGGCAAAACAAGGAGCGGAAAAGUACAGAACACAAAACCUUCCGAAUUGGACUUCUUGUCCAGGAGUUUACGAACUUGGAAUAGCUUCGUCACGCCCACAUUCUGGGAGAGGGGCCCACCGCAAAUUUGACUCGAACUCUGUAGUUCCUGUUUAUCUCGGACAAGCCGACAAUCUUAGGACAAGACUACAGCAGUACGGUCGUGAUGGUUCCCAUUUAGAGAGUCGAUGUUCAAAUAACAAACUUACAGACUGCCAAAGCGUUUCUUCGAAUAAGGGGCUUGGAUUAUUCACCGGUGUAUUCUCGAGAGGGUUGCCAAUUGUUUACAGAUGUGCUCCCAUGAAAAGCAAAAAGGACGCAGAGAUAACCGAGAAACAGCUGCUCGAAAAAUUCGAUUACGCGUGGAACAAAGACAGCAACAACAAACGCCGCCAAGAUGAUGUCAGCAUAAAACUCGACCGCAUCGCAAAAGAAUCCCAAUUCUCCCUCCUAGCAAAGAAGUUCUUUUUUACCAACAACAAGAAAGUCGGCAUUAGAAUCAAAACUUGCCAGCCAAAGAACGGAUCCGAUAAUCCAAGCGACACGAACAACAACAACACGACUUUUUCGAGGAUAUUCGGAAUCAAGAGGCUGCAGCCUACACAGAUGCAACAUGGCUCACGUGAUAACUGCACUAGUACUGAUGGUAUAUGUGGAGUUGCCAUUGGUCAUGGAUCUGUUUGUACCGCACCACCUGUCGUUGGACGAAAGCGAUGCGCCGUGCACAAAGGACUGAGAAUCAACGGCUGUAAUUCGAAAGAGGGUGGCGAUUUUCGAGAUUCGGAAUCGAGCCAUACUUGUGGGUUUAUCUUGGAUGAUGGUUCUGCUUGUGAAAUGAAGCCUUUGAGAAGAAACAAAAGGUGUUUAGAGCAUAAAGGAAGAAAGAUUAGCAAAUCUCAGAUGAAAGUUUUUGUAAAUUAAUUGCAUCAUAAUUCAUAUAACCCUAAAUCAAAAACAAAAUCGUUCUGUUUAUCUAUUGAAUUAGAUGAAAUGAGUUAA